UUGUGACACUACUUUCGGAUAAGAGUAUGUUUUGUGUCGGUUGCGGUCUUGUGGUGUCAACACGUGACGACCUUCGAUUGACCCAUAUCAGGGCACUGAAAAUGGGUGUAAACAAUCCGCAUCAUGUUUUCAAUGGGCUUGAUUUACGAACCAGCGCACACGGUGGGGUGCACGUUGAAGAACAGCCUGAUUGACGAGCCAGGGCACAUGGUGGGGUGCAUGUAGUGAACAGCCCUGAUCCAGCGCGCGUUUUUCUGAGUGACCAAUCAUAUGUUUUCCUAACCAUAGCUUAGUCUACAGUGGAGGCCAUCAGACCACCUUACACGUGGCAAAAUCGAUGGUUGAGAUGGCAUGGUGACUAGCUGUCCAUCCCAUUUGCCAAACAGGAAUCUUCCUUCAAAUAUGCUGAGAUAUGAACUUCCGGGACACUACAUGGGAAACAUGAUGCUUGCACUCAAGGAUAAGCUCUUCGGUUUCUAUUUAUUACUAUAUAUAAGAAUGUUACAAUGUACAAUGGACUCACCUCUCAUGUAUUGUCACUAAAGGAAUGGGAAAAGGAUUCGAGACAAUGGAUAGGAUUGGUGGACGGUUGAGCUUGUUCCUGAUGGUGGGCCUUUUUUUAAUUUUUGCCCCUGGGGCUGGGGCAUGGAGCAAGGAGGGCCACAUGAUCACAUGCCGGAUCGCUCAGGCACUAUUGGAGCCUGAGGCUGCACAUGCUGUCCACAAUUUGUUGCCCGAUUACGCCAACGGAGACUUGUCGGCCCUCUGCACAUGGCCCGAUCAAAUUCGGCACUGGUACAGAUACAGGUGGACCAGUCCGCUUCAUUUCAUCGAUACGCCGGAUAAUGCCUGCACCUUUGAUUAUUCGAGGGAUUGCCAUGAUCCACAUGGAAAAGAGAACAUGUGUGUCGCUGGUGCGGUCAGGAAUUUCACAUCUCAGCUUUUGCAUUACAGAGAAGGAUCAUCUGACCGUCGAUAUAAUAUGACUGAAGCCUUGUUAUUUUUAUCACACUUCAUGGGAGAUGUCCAUCAGCCUCUGCAUGUGGGAUUCACCAGCGAUCAAGGUGGAAACACCAUACAAUUGCGCUGGUAUCGGCACAAAUCCAACCUUCACCAUGUGUGGGAUAGGGAGAUCAUCUUAACAGCUAUUAAAGAGCUUUAUGGGAAAGACGUGGAUCUGUUCCAAGAAGACAUUCAAACCAACUACACUAGUGGGAUAUGGUCAGAUGAUAUCUCAUCUUGGGGAGAUUGUGAUGACCUCUUCUCUUGCCCAAAUAAGUACGCUGCUGAGAGCAUUAGCUUAGCCUGCAAAUGGGGUUACGAAGGCAUUGAAUCGGGUGAGACUUUGGCAGAUGAUUAUUUCAAUUCGCGUUUUCCGAUCGUUGCCAAACGAAUCGCGCAGGGUGGAGUGAGGUUGGCAAUGAUUCUAAAUCGUGUGUUCAGUGAACACAAUCAAGAGAUCCCACGGCCAACCUGAAUAUCACUAAUCCCAUGUCAUUAACUUGACUGAUUCAAGUGUAGAAUAAUCUCCAAACAACAUGUAUCAUUGAUAUCUUAAAAUUGUAGUAGCAUCCAAACAUUUGAAUGGUGUAAGCCACUUUUGAGUA